CAACCGUGUAGCCCUCAGUGCGAUGGUUCAGAGCUAUCUCAGACAUGGGCCCACUCAGGCUUUUGGUCUGGUGUGCAGCCCCACCUCAAACUCGGUAUACGAUGGCAAAAUUGCCUAUGUACCCGCACUUGAGGAUGUUCUCGUAUGGGAUGUCAAAAGAGGGCAUAUGAUGGGAAUGUGGCACGAAACGGGCCACAGUGCGGAAGUAACGUGUAUCGUUCGGUCGCCUCAAAAGGACACCUUCGCUGUUGGCUACGCGGAUGGGUCCAUAAGACUAUGGAGCGUUUCCGCUCAGUCUGUCAUCACGACGUUUAAUGGGCACAAGAAGGCUGUCACAGCGCUUGCGUUCGACGAUGCCGGCACUCGAUUGGCCUCGGGCUCGCAGGAUACAAAUUUGAUUGUGUGGGAUGUUGUUGGAGAGGCUGGACUGUUCAGAUUGCGAGGGCACAGAGAUCAAAUUACAGCACUCCGUUUUCUCUCCAACAUCUCACCAAACUUGCCUUCUACUUCAACCUCCGCCCACCCCGGGUAUAUCCUCACCUCCUCCAAGGAUACGUUCUUAAAGCUCUGGGACCUUUCAACGCAACACUGUAUCCAGACCAUCGUCGCUCACCGUGCGGAAAUCUGGACGCUCGACAUCAACAAUGAACAGAAUUUGCUGUUCACUGGAAGUGGUGAGGGCGAACUGAAAGCCUGGAAGAUCGACCACGAAGUGUUGGAAGCUGGACUGAAGCCCUCAGAAACGGGCGAGAUACCCAAGGCAAUUGUGCCCGCGGCCACACUCCCCCUAUCGUCCCAACACCGUGUCUCACAGAUUAGCUUCCACCCUUCCCAGCCUUACGUCGCUGUUCAGUCUCAUGAUCGUUCAGUCGAGAUUUUCCGCAUCCGUACCGAGGAUGAAAUCAGGAAGAAACAAGCCAGACGCAAAAAGAGAGCGAAGGAAAAGAAAGAGAAAUCGAAAGGAAAGGGGAUGAAGGAGGAUGAAGCAGACCCACUGGAGGACGAAGAAGGGAAGGUUGACCUUGUGGACCUCUUUACCCCAUACCUAGUUGUACGGGCGACCGGGAAGAUCAGGUCAUUUGGAUUCGAGUCGGAGGAAGCAACCUCAAAGGGAGGGACGCAGAUAUUUAUGGCAUUGUCGAACAAUGCCCUGGAAGUUUACAACAUCCCACAACCGGCGAAGACGAAAGAGGAACCUCCAGAAGCUGCCAGGAUAUAUUCGUUGGACCUGCCCGGCCAUAGAACCGACGUGCGAACACUUUGCCUGAGUGCCGACGAUACUCUCUUAGCUUCAGCUUCAAACGGCAUGCUCAAGGUUUGGAACUUGAGAACGACAUCUUGUAUCCGUACCAUCGACUGCGGUCAUGCAAUAUGCAGCACAUUCCUCCCUGGCGACCGCCAUAUCGCCGUCGGUACAAAAUCAGGCGACAUCCUCAUUUACGAUCUCGCGUCUUCUUCCCUCAUCGAGACCGUAAAAGCUCACAAUGGCACAGUCUGGUCAAUGCAAGUCCGACAUGAUGAGAGGGCGCUCGUGACGGGUAGUGCGGACAAGGACAUCAAGUUUUGGGACUUCGAAUGGAAGCAGACUAGCGAGAGUCAGAAUCAGGAUGGUUUCCAGGGACCGAAUGGCAGGCAGAUCACGCUCGUGCAUACCCGGACACUCAAGAUGACGGAUGACGUGCUCUCUGUGCGAUACAGCCCCAAUGGGAAGCUUCUGGCUGUAGCGCUGCUUGAUUCAACGGUCAAAGUCUUCUACGAAGAUAGUCUCAAGUUUUUCCUCUCCCUCUACGGCCAUAAGCUCCCGGUCUUAGGCAUGGACAUCUCGGACGACUCCAAACUCAUCGUGACAUGUUCCGCCGAUAAAAACGUCAAGAUCUGGGGCCUUGAUUUCGGCGACUGCCACAAAUCGCUGUUCGCGCACGAUGAGAGUGUGAUGCAGGUCGCGUUCGAGAAGAAGUCACACUACUUCUGGACCGUUGGGAAAGAUAAGUUGCUGAAGUACUGGGAUGGCGACAAGUUCGAGAACAUUCAAAAAUUAGAGGGACAUCACGGAGAGGUUUGGGCCCUCGCUGUGAGCAACGCUGGGAACUUCGUCGUCACUGGCUCACACGACAAGUCUAUCCGAAUCUGGGAAAAAUUGGAUGACCCCCUCUUCCUUGAGGAAGAACGCGAACGCGAACUCGAAAAGCUGUACGAAGCUGGACUCGCUGAUAACCUUAACCGCGAAGACGCUCCCAUCGGUAGCGGUAUCGAGAACGCCAAUCCCGACUCACUCUCCCCUCACGACCCCUCUGCACAAGCCGAGACCACCCUUGUCACCAAGCAGACCACAGAAACCCUCAUGGCUGGCGAACGUAUCGUCGAGGCUCUCAACCUCGCCGACGCCGAACGGGCGAUUUGGGCAGAAUACGAGGAGGCGAAGAAGAGUUUGAGUGAAGAGGACAGUGCAAAAGUCCCUCCGCCGGCGAGGAACGCGGUGUUGGCUGCGUACGAUCUGGAACCGGAGGGUUGGGUAUUGAAGGUCGUGAGUGGCAUACAGGGAACUGCGUUAUUGGAUGCGUUGCUCGUGUUGCCCUUCGAUGGGGUCGUUUCGUUGAUGGGGUAUUUGAACAUCUGGGCGAGCAGAGAGUGGAACAUCCCUCUGGUCUCCCGGAUCAUGUUCUUCCUGCUCAAAACACACCAUCACCAAAUCGUCGCAAACCGAACUCUGCGUACCACCCUCAUCCCGCUGCGAAGGCACCUUCGUGCCGCUCUCAUUCGUCAAAAACAAAACAUGAGCUAUAAUCUCGCCGCGUUGCAGUUCAUUCACCGGCAGAGCGAGGCUCAGCGUACGGCUCAAUUUUAUGAGGAAGAGGGCCUUGACGAGGAGAAGGUUCGGGCGAGAAUUGCGGAAGGAAAGAAGAGAAAGAGAGUGCAUAUGUGAUCGCAUCCAUAAGUUGGUACAUAUACACAUACGUGUAGCCAGCGUGCCUCGAGCACGAGUGUCCAUGGUAUAUGAGUCAAGUACAAAAUUACAUGGCGAUGAA